UUCAAACUGAGCAGGCUACCUGCAGUAAACACGGCCACUCAUUUCGUUUAAUGCCGUUUAAGCGCACCUGCCUUAAAAACAACAUUACCCACAAUUCAGCGCGUGGCGGUUGCUUCCGCGGUCGGUGACCAGCAGCCUGCUGCUGAGACAGAAAGGUCUGUGGGUGGAUGUAGUGCCAGUGGAGCGCCGUGAUGCCCCUGGAGGUGAGAUGGCCGUUCCCUCAGUGCCCCGCUCUGCCGUGGAGGAUCUCCAGCUCACUGAUCAUGGGCAUGGUGGGCUCCUACUCCUACUUCUGGACCAAGUACAUGAAUUGUCUGACGGUCCACAACCACGAGGUCCUGUUGGACCUGGUUGACCAGAGGCCCUCGGACACGCCCCUCAUCACUCUGUCCAAUCACCAGUCCUGCAUGGAUGAUCCGCAUAUCUGGGGCGUCCUGAGGCUCAGACAGCUGUGGAACUUCAACAGGAUGCGGUGGACGCCUGCCGCAUCUGACAUCUGCUUCACAAAAGAGCUGCACUCCAGGUUCUUCAGCCGAGGGAAGUGCGUUCCCGUCUGUAGAGGUGAUGGUGUUUACCAGAAAGGAAUGGACUUCGUCCUGGAGAAGCUGAACAAAGGGGAGUGGGUGCACAUCUUUCCAGAAGGCAAAAUCAACAUGACAGAGGAAUUCAUACGGCUAAAGUGGGGUGUGGGUCGGCUGAUUGCAGAGUGCUCACUGAAUCCAGUCAUCCUGCCGCUCUGGCAUGUGGGUUUGAGCGACGUGCUGCCCAAUGUGAAGCCCUACAUCCCCCGCAUGGGCAAGAGAAUCACAGUCCUGGUGGGGAAACCGUUCGGCGUCAAAGAGCUCGUUGAAACUCUCCGAGCUGAGAAUAAGAGCCAGUUGGAAAUGAGGAAGACCCUGACGGAUUUCAUCCAGGUGGAGUUCUGGAGCCUGAAAGCCCAGGCCGAGGACCUGCACCGACAGAUCGAGACCAGGUCCUGAGGCCCAGCCGUCCCGUUGCUGCCUGCAAACACUCCUCACCGCUGACAGGACCGCUCCUCCUUCCCUCUGCAGGAGCUCCCAAACCUCCACCCCAGACGCCGCUGAGCUGCGGAGCGUUUUUGGAGCCGUGUUGUGAUUAAACGGACGUAACCGAACGUUUCUGUAACUUUGAUGCAACAAACUCCUUUUUGUAAUUCAGUCAUUGUUUCAAAGCAGGAUUGAUCACUGCACUCAAACCGUGGACGGAUGAACGAGUUACAUAUUAACACGUAGGUCAGAUUUCUCUGUGACCUUUAAGAAGGAAGUCUUUGGACUUGUCCAGAAGACCUCAGGAGGAUUUCAGGAGGAUGAUACCUCUUUGGUACCAUUAACCCAGAAAGUCUCUCUCUCUCUCUCAAAUAUUACCUCCAGUGCAGAAGUCCAGAGCCACAGCAGAAGGUGGUGUUCAGGUCGGGGUGAUGGAUGGGUAAAGGGGCUGCCUCAUGGUGUUUGAUUAAUGUUUGCUUUUUGGUGAACAAUAACCACGAUCUUCUCUCCAAAUUUAAAGUCACUGGUGAUCAAUACUGCACCAAGGUUACAGAUAACUACCAGCCAUACUAGUUAACCACGGCCCGGACACACACACCUGUUCACCUGUCAAUCACUGCUCACUGAAAAUACUUACAGCCAGUUACAGAGUUUGUUUUUUUUUUUAUUUCACCCAGCAACAGACACACAACACACAUGGAGUCACUGACCUGCCUUUAGGCUUGUGUGUAAAAUAUAAUCAAACAGAGCUUAUUGAAACAACACUGUGCACUUACACAAGAAAAAAAUACAGGAAAUGAGUUUUUGAUCUUUUGGGUCAGCCUCACCUGUUUUUACUGUCACACCUGUUCUGACAAACCAAACCUGAGAAAUACCCGUCUGUUCACUGAAAUACAAACUAAAACUCAGGGUCACAAAUCAGCCCUGAAAACCCUGCAAAGUAAACACAGUUAAAACUAAAAUUAGAAACUAUCCAUCCAUCCAUCCAUCCAUUUUCUUCCGCUUAUCCGGGGCCGGGUCGCGGGGGCAGAAGCCUAAGCAGAGAAGCCCAGGCUUC